AUGUUCUGCAUUGGCAGGCUUCUUAUAGGCAUCUCAAUUAACACAGGAUCUGUGGCUGCACCUGCGUACCUUGCAGAGGUAGCUCAUCCGGACAAUCGUGAGAUGCUCGUCGGGCUCUGGGGGUCUGCUUAUUACGUUGGGAGUAUUCUUGCUGCGGCCAUCACGUUUGGCAGUCAAUAUCUCAAUUCUACCUGGGCAUGGAGGCUGCCAUCUCUGCUCCAAGUCUUGCCGUCAGUGCUUUGCAUUGUUCCCUUGGCAUUUAUGCCUGAAUCUCCCCGGUGGCUGGUAUACCAAGACCGUCAUGAAGAGGCUAAGGCGAUGAUUAUCAAGUACCACGGAGGCGGCAACGCCAACUCUCCUAUUGUGGCCAGAGAAUACGAAGAAAUACGCCAAUCACUCUCCCACGAGAAAGCGACGCAAACGGUCGGGUUCAAAGCCCUCGUGGCAACAAAACCCAAUCGUUGGAGACUCGCUUACUCAUCCUCCGUUGAAGUUUUCUGCCAGUUUAGUGGAAACAACAUCAUCACUUAUUAUCUUGGGGAGACUCUCUCCACUGCCGGCAUCACCAAAGUACAGACGCAACUCGGUAUAAAUAUAGGCAUCAGUAGCUUCAGCCUGGUCGCUUCUGUGCUUGGAAGCAUCUAUACUGCAAGACUGGGUCGUCGUCCUUCAUUCUUGAUCUCUACUGGUUUAAUGAGCAUGACUCUACUCAUCUACGCCAUCCUUACGAAGCUUUACAUCGGCAGAGACAAUUCAGGGGCGUCCGACAGUUUGGUGUUCCUGAUCUUCCUCUAUUUCGGAAUAUACUCUUUUGUGUGGACGCCUCUUUCCGCGCUUUAUCCAGUCGAGGUUCUCACAUACUCAACCCGUGCACAUGGAUUGGCAGCCUAUAGCUGUAUUGUCUACCUCACAGCCUUCUUCAACACAUACGUGAUACCCUUUGCGAUGAGAAUUACCUGGGGUUUCUAUCUUAUUACCGCUUUGUGGUGUUUAGUUGAAUGUGUGGUGAUCUAUUUCUACUUUCCAGAGACGAUGGGUAUGUCCAUGGAAGAAAUUGAUGGUGUAUUUGAAAAGGACAUGGCUACUGUUCUAGAAAGUGUACGGGUGGAUGUGGACGUCAAGGCCUAUGAAGGAAAGGACGUGACGACCACACCUGUAUGA